AUGAUAGGCAUCUGGACGCUAGUUUACUCGAUAGCCUCGUUAUUCUUAUUCGGUUGGCAGACUGGUGUACUGAACCACUGUCGGUCGGUCACAAUGUCUCAGGCGAAUCUCCAGUGCGAAUGGGAUUGCCCAUGCGUCGGAGCUUCGACUGCCAGGACUACACGAAUCAUUGAAGGUUCACAUUUCUACCCAUUCCCAGCUCUGGUUUUUUCGAUAGCUCAGCUUGGCAUAAUGGGUUGGCAGAUGGCAGCAAUUAAAUAUGAGAAAGAUCGUGCAGCGAACACUCUCCUUCCCAACUAUAACACAUAUGGGAAGUACGAUAUCCCAUCCUACUAUGAGUCCUACUGGCAAAGUCCUGAGGAGCGCUAUUAUACCGGUUUGUUAGUCACCUAUCUUGAGAAUUUUCCAUUUGUUUGCUCUUCGUUAUCGAUUUUCACCUGUCUGUUUACCUAUGAAAGCAGACCAAAAUGAAA